ACUGGAAUUGAAAACACAAGAGAUAAGAAUCAGAGGACUUUAGAGGGAAGAGAAAAGCAAACAGCACAUAGUCUUGGAGAGAGUCAGGGUGUGAAAAUAAGGGGUGAGAGAGGGUAGGGUGGGAAGGGGCCAGAUUGAUAAAUGCCUUAAUGGGAAUAUUAGGCUGGCGGAGAGGCGGAAGGUUUCUUCUUGGGGAUCCAAGGGCGACCACCAACGGACCACCAUCACGCAGGGUUCCCUGUCAUAUACCCCCUUCCCCUUUUCUGUCCUUUAAAAGCAGCCUAAUUCGACGAAGGUACUCGCAGCCACCAGGCACUAGGCAGCAACAGGGGCCCCCACAAGUGUUCUAGGCCCUAAGUACUCUCUCUCUCGGGUGGAGCCCAGGGAGGUCGGAGGCAGAAGAGCCCGGCAGGAUCAGACCCACCAGCAGACCGAGUCCGGCCUCAGUGAAUAAAGCUCAGCUCCCGGAAUAUGCCCUGGGGUUGCACGAGGUUCCGCCGCGAGUGAAAGGCGUUUUUCAAGGCGUCUCGCAAUUCCCAGGUCUUGAGGUUGAACACGGCAGCUGCGCAGCGCCCGCCGAGCACACGCAAGGGGUCUUCUCGCCGCACGAUCAGCGUUUACAGAUUCCGCCGGGCUCCCGCUCACCAGAAAUGGGAAACUAAUAACGCCGAAGAAACGCCUGGUCCCGGGGAGGGCUGGGAAAGGAAAGCGCGUCGCAGGGUCCCAGGAGGAGCCGGUUUCCGCACAGACGGGGCCGCAGGAUCUGCAGCCUCCCAACCCUCGGCCUCCCCCGGGCCGCCGGGAGGCGGGGACAGCGGGCCGGGAAUGCGCUGCGGGCCCGGCUCUCCCCCACGGCGGGGCUCCCUCGGCCCCUCUCCCGGCGCAGGGCUUCUGCGGUUGGGCGGCGAGGCUGCCAAGGGGGGCAGGGGCUCCGAGGCCGCCGCAGCCCCGCGCAGCGCCCCUCCCCCGUGGGCGCCCCCCGCGCCGGGGAACCGGCACCGGCUCUCGCGAGAAAGCAUAAAGGAUGUUAUUGGCAGAAAGAUAAAAAUUUCAGUGAAGAAGAAAGUGAAGUUGGAAGUGAAGGGAGACAAAGUUGAAAACAAAGUGCUGGUGCUCACGUCAUGCCGAGCCUUCCUCGUGACAGCCAGAGUCCCCACCAAGCUUGAAUUGACCUUCAGCUACUUGGAGAUUCAUGGUGUCACCUGCAGCAAGCCAGCCCAGAUGGUUGUAGAAACUGAGAAGUGUGGCAUCUCCAUGAAAAUGGCAUCACCCGAGGAUGUGAGUGAAGUGCUGGCUCACAUCGGCACCUGCCUGCGGAGGAUAUUUCCUGGUCUCUCUCCAGUGAGAAUCAUGAAAAAAGUCUCCAUGGAGCCGUCUGAGCGACUGGCCAGUCUCCAGGCUCUGUGGGACAGCCAGACUGUGGCUGAGCAGGGUCCCUGUGGUGGAUUUUCUCAGAUGUAUGCCUGUGUUUGUGACUGGCUUGGAUUUUCAUACAGGGAGGAAGUACAGUGGGAUGUCGAUACAAUUUAUCUGACACAAGAUACCAAGGAAUUGAAUUUACAAGACUUCAGUCAUCUUGACCACAGGGACCUAAUACCUAUCAUUGCUGUUCUGGAAUACAAUCAGUGGUUCACAAAGCUGUCUUCUAAGGAUCUAAAACUGUCCACUGAUGUCUGUGAACAGAUCUUGAGAGUGGUAAGUAGGUCCAGUCAACUAGAAGAAUUGGUGUUGGAAAACGCUGGACUUCGAACAGAUUUUGCACAAAAACUGGCCACUGCUCUAGCACAUAAUCCCUGCUCAGGACUCCACACGAUCAAUCUUGCUGGCAACCCACUGGAGGACCGAGGUGUAUCCUCUUUAAGUAUUCAAUUUGCCAAACUCCCAAAAGGAUUAAAGCAUUUAAAUUUAUCUAAAACCUCACUGUCACCUAAAGGGGUGAAUAGCCUUUCCCAGUCACUCAGUGCCAACCCGCUGACCGCCAGCACCCUUGUCCACCUAGAUCUCUCAGGUAACGUCCUUCGCGGAGACGACCUCUCGUACAUGUACAGUUUUAUGGCCCAGCCAAAUGCCAUUGCUCAUCUGGAUUUGUCCAACACAGAAUGUUCCCUGGACAUGGUCUGUGGAGCUCUCCUCCGUGGAUGCCUUCAGUGUUUAGCUGUGCUCAAUCUCUCCAGAACUGUCUUUUCUCACCGGAAAGGAAAAGAGGUACCCCCAUCUUUCAAACAGUUUUUUAGUAGUUCUCUGGCUCUGAUGCAAAUCAGCCUUUCAGGCACAAAACUGUCUUCUGAGCCCUUAAAAGCACUGUUAUUGGGCCUGGCUUGUAAUUAUAACUUAAAGGGAGUUUCUCUUGAUCUCAGCAACUGUGAGCUGAGAUCGGGAGGUGCACAAGUAUUAGAAGGUUGUAUCGCUGAAAUCCACAACAUCACCAGCUUAGACAUCUCUGAUAAUGGUUUAGAAUCUGACCUAUCUACCUUAAUAGUGUGGCUCAGUAAAAACAGAUCAAUACAACACCUGGCAUUAGGCAAAAAUUUUAAUAAUAUGAAAUCCAAAAAUCUGACACCUGUGUUGGACAACUUAGUACAAAUGAUUCAAGAUGAAGAAUCACCCCUGCAGUCCUUGUCCCUGGCCGACUCAAAACUCAAGACUGAGGUCACCGUCAUCAUCAAUGCCCUGGGAAGCAACACCUCCCUGACCAAGGUGGACAUCAGUGGGAACGGGAUGGGGGACAUGGGAGCACGGAUGCUGGCCAAGGCACUGCAGAUCAACACCAAGCUCAGGACUGUAAUAUGGGACAAGAACAACAUUACUGCACAAGGCUUUCAAGAUAUAGCUGUUGCAAUGGAAAAGAACUACACGUUGAGAUUUAUGCCAAUUCCUAUGUAUGAUGCUUCUCAAGCCCUCAAAACAAACCCUGAAAAAACAGAAGAGGCUCUGCAGAAGAUAGAAAACUAUCUGCUCCGGAAUCAUGAAACUAGGAAAUACCUUCAAGAGCAGGCCUACCGCCUACAGCAGAGCAUUGUCACCAGCACCACACAGCAGAUGAUUGACAGAAUAUGCGUGAAAGUACAGGACCAUCUCAAUUCUUUACGAAAUUGUGGGGGAGAUGCUGUCCAGGAAGAUUUAAAAUCAGCAGAAAGGCUCAUGCGUGAUGCCAAGAACUCUAAAACGUUGUUGCCAAAUUUAUACCAUGCUGGUGGUGCAUCUUGGGCGGGAGCCAGUGGCUUGUUGUCCAGUCCGAUUCAGGAGACCCUGGAAUCAAUGGCUGGAGAAGUUACAAGAGUUGUUGACGAACAGCUAAAGGUGCUCCUUGAGGCCAUGGUGGACGCUGCAGAGAAUCUUUGUCCCAACGUGAUGAAGAAAGCCCACAUUCGACAAGACUUGAUUCAUGCCAGCACCGAGAAGAUUUCCAUCCCACGUGCUUUUGUUAAAAAUGUUCUGUUGGAGAAGUCUGGAAUCGAUAUCCUUAACAAAAUUAGUGAAGUGAAGUUGACGGUGGCCUCCUUCCUCUCUGAUCGAAUCGUGGAUGAAAUUCUGGACGCACUUUCACACUGCCACCAUAGACUGGCGGACCAUUUCAGCAGACGUGGCAAGUCCCUUUCUCAACAAGAGUCUUUAGCGUUUGAGCUGACUGAGGAGAAGCCAGUGAAACCCUCCGUUACCACAGUAGAGGAGCUCACGGACAUGGAGCGUUUGGAAGAUCUGGACACUUGUAUGAUAACUCCUAAAUCCAAACGGAAGAGUAUCCAUAGCCGAAUGCUGCGGCCUGUUUCCAGGGCCUUUGAAAUGGAGUUUGAUCUAGAUAAAGCGCUGGAAGAGGUGCCGAUUCACGUAGAAGACCCUCCUUUCCCCGCUGUCAGACAAGAGAAGCGGAGCUCAGGGUUUAUUUCUGAGUUGCCCUCUGAAGAAGGGGAGAAGCUGGAGCAUUUCACCAAGUUAAGGCCAAAGCGGGAUAAGAAGCAGAAGCCCAGCCAAGCAGCGGUCUGUGCUGCCAGCAUAGUCUCCCAGGAUGGUGACCAGAACGGUUUUAUGGGGAGAGUGGAUGAAGGCGUCGAUGAAUUUUUCACUAAGAAGGUGACCAAAAUGGAUUCCAAGCGAUCAUCAGCAAGAGGCCUAGAGUCCCUUGAGCUCAGUGAGGGAGGAGAUGAGAAGAAAAAGCGAGAUUCUCGGAAAAGCAGCUUUCUCCAGUUAAUCAAAUCGCGGUCCAGGCCUGAGCGGCCGCCAGCAGCCCUGGCAGCGGAAGAACCCUCCUCGCCCAGAGGGGCCGUCAGAGGCCCAGCCGUGGACCCACCCAGGAAGGACAUGAAGGCAGCUGAGCACAGCGGCGACCCUGAGCGGGUGGAGGAGACGAGGACACCCGACUCCCGUGAAGAAGGUCAAGGGGCAGGCGCGGGGAAGGCCGAACGGAGGGACGGCAGGAGCAGCCCCGACGGAGGGCGACGGUACGGGGUCCAGGUGAUGGGGAGCGGCCUGCUGGCAGAGAUGAGAGCCAAGCGGGAGAGGAGGGCCGCACACGCGCCGCAGAAGCUUGGGAAUGAUGCCUUCUCCCAGGAUUCUUCCAGCCUGGUCUUGAGCAGCACAGAACGGGUGGAUGGAGGUGGUGCAGUGCCCAAAGUGCACCCAGGUCUUCCAGAGAGCCGCUUUGGCUUGGGAACACCAGAACCCAAAGGGGAAGCGGGCUCCGGGCCUUGGAGCUCCUGCAGCACACCUACCAGCCCCAAGUCCCUCCUGCAGUCCCCCAAACCCAGCCUGGCGGCACGGCCCACCAUCCCACAGAAGCCAAGAACUACCUCGCGGCCUGAGGACGUCCCGGACUCUCCGUCCGGCCCUGGUUCCCCUAAAGUUGCUCUUCUCCCACCUGUCCUGAAAAAGGUUCCAUCAGACCAGGAGAGAGGCAGCCAUAGCAGCCCCCAGCACAGUCCCAGGACAUUUUCCCAAGAAGUAGUGCAAAAAGGAGAUUAUUACAAAAGACAUUCAGAUCAUGACAGUGGCAAGCCUUCCAGUAGAGGGAAAAGAUCUUCAAAACUGUACUCCACCAUUGCAGAAGAGGAAGUGAAUGCAAUUGGGCACAGGAAGUCACAGCCAACAAAUGUGUCGAGGAGGAGCUGGGGCCAGCAGGCCCAGGAGUACCAAGAACACAAGCAGUGGUCCCCCGGUAAAGAUGGCCCCCAAGGGAGCAAAUCCAGUGACUCUGGGGAAGAAGCAGAAAGAGAGUUUAUCUUUGUGUGAAGGCCGUCCGUGCAGAAUCCAGACCCAUUUUUUGGUAAUCAAAGCACAUUUGUUUGGUCUUCUCCCAGCUUUGGCGUUUGAUUUCUAAGCAUUGCCUCCUAUGCCUUCAGCGAAUGCCAGCGAUGAUCCCAGGGGCCCUACUUGAAUUGCUCUGAGGCAGCUAGUUUGUCCUGCUAGAUGAGUUUUUGGAGGUAAGCAGAGUAACCGGAUGCACCCUCACACAAACGAUAGCAUCCAGCUGCCUGGGGUACUACUGUGUACCGGAGUCAGACCUGCACUUGACUACAGAGCAGUGUAUUCUUGAUGUAUGCAUUUGCACAUUGUAACUAUAUUAACAGAGCACACUAAUAAAUACUUUGUAUAAAUUAUGUAUAUUAGAUCUGGCAAUAGCUUUUACAUUCUCCCAUGGGGAACUCCUUGGUUCCUGAUGUGGAAUUGUACAUUUAAACUUGGUCGGUGACCUUCGCGAUGCCAUCAGCAAGCACAGAGUGCAGGAGGCCCACAGCGAUUUUACCAUGUGCCCGGAUUAAUGUAUAUAGUUGAUUGGAAUGAGGUUUUAUGAAUAUUUGUGUUUUAUUGAAGGCUUUUAAUUUCUGUCUGCAUAUUAGCUUUUAAUGCGUGAUUUUAAGAGAGAAUACUUUGACACCUGUAAAAAAAUCAAAAUACUACUCUCCAGACAUUUCACAAAUACAUUACAGGCUGAACAUAUUUUAUUCAUAUGUAUAUUUAUAGCAAUAAAAUGAUUUUACAAAUGGAA